AUGUCGGCCGUUCAAGCGCUUUUUCCACGGCAAACCUCGUCCUCCCCCGACCCCGACCUAUCAAAAGGAGAGCAGGUCCUCCAGUUGGUUGCAAAUCCUUUUCAAGCUUCUCUUCAAACAAAUGCCUUUUGGGCCUCCCUUGCAACCUCACUAGGAAUCAGCGCUGGCCUCGCUCUCCUAUUUUGCCUCAUCCGGCCUCGAAACAAUGUUGUCUAUGCCCCAAGACUGAAGAACGCAGACAAAGACCACGCUCCACCCCCAUUGGGGAAGGGGCUGUUUAGUUGGGUCGCGCCGGUCAGAAAAGCAUCAGAACCAUAUUUGAUGGAGAAGAUCGGCAUGGAUGCGGUUGUCUUCUUGCGCUUCACUCGAAUGUUGCGGAAUAUGUUCCUGGUUUUGGCCAUUGUGGGCAUUUGUGUCAUGAUCCCAGUUAAUGUCACGCAGGGGAACAAGGCAAUUACACAGGGUCAGAGUGCCUUCGCCAUCAUGACCCCUUUAUUCAUAUUCGGAGGGGGUCUGUGGGCUCAGGUGGUCGUGGCAUGGCUGAUCGAUUUGGUGGUGAUAUACUUUCUCUGGCACAAUUACCGUCGAAUCCAUCACCUACGACGAGUGUACCUCGAAAGCCCCGAAUAUCAGAGAAGCUUGCACGCCCGGACGAUCUUAAUUCGAGAUAUUCCGGCCAAUCUUCGAAACAACGAAGGCAUUGCUCGAAUUACUGACGAUAUCAAUCCGACCGGCACUGUGCCAAAAACGACCGUUGGACGCAAUGUGAAGGUACUACCAGAGUUGAUUGAAGAACACGAGAAGGCCGUCAGGGAACUAGAGUCCAUUCUCGCCAAGUAUUUGAAGAAUCCUGACAGGCUGCCACCCAACCGACCAACGAUGAAGGCGCCCAGCAAAUACCGGGGUCAGACGACGAACGGCAAAGUCGACGCUAUUGAGUAUCUCACAGAUCGUAUCCGAUCUCUCGAGAUGGAAAUCGACGAUAUUAGAGAGCGUGUGGACAACCGCGAUGCUAUGCCUUAUGGAUUUGCCAGCUGGGAACAGGUUUCCGAGGCACACACAGUCGCAUUCCAGGCACGGAGCAAACGCCCUCACGGCACUAAGAUUCGCUUAGCACCGAGGCCUAACGACCUUAUUUGGGACAAUCUCAAACUGUCUCGAGCAUCACGGAAGAGCAAGCGGUUCAUGAAUGGCAUCUGGAUUGCUGUCCUGACCAUCAUCUGGACUCCAAUCAACGCUGGAAUAUCGAUCUUCCUCUCCAACCUGUCAAAUCUGGGUUCUGUCUGGCCGGCUUUCCAGACGCAGCUGGAAGCACAUCGUACAGGUUGGGCCAUCGUUCAGGGUAUUGCCGCCCCGGCACUCACUUCGCUUGUUUACCUCCUGCUUCCGAGCAUCUUUCGGCGCCUUCAAGUCCGUGCUGGUGAUGUGACCAAAACCGACCGAGAACGUCACGUCCUCCGGAACUUGUACGCUUUCUUCACUUUGAACAACUUGAUCGUAUUCUCCAUGUUUUCGGCAGUCUGGCAAUACGUGACGAUUGUGAUCCAGUACAACAAACAGAGCAACGACCUGUGGACUGCUCUCAGAAAAGGCCAAUUCUUCCUUGUGAUCACGACCACUCUUUGUCAGAUCUCACCAUUCUGGGUUACCUGGAUCCUCCAGCGAACUCUGGGCGCCGCCACUGACCUGGCUCAACUGUGGCAGUUGUUCUACACCUGGUUUGCAAGAACAUUCUUGGCCCCGACUCCCCGGCAGAAUAUCGAGUGGACUGCACCUCCAUCCUUUGACUAUGCCAGCUACUACAACUAUUUCCUUUUCUACACCACGGUCGCCCUUUGCUAUUCUACUCUCCAGCCGAUUGUGCUUGUUGUUACCGCGUUAUAUUUUGUGAUCGACGCAUUUUUGAAGAAAUACCUUCUCAUGUAUGUCUUUAUCACCAAGACCGAGUCUGGCGGUCAAUUUUGGACGACCAUGUUCAACCGGAUCGUAUUUGCCACGAUUCUUUCCAAUGUUGUUAUCGGUAUCGUCGUCAAAGCCAGAGGAGAAUGGACCCUCGUCGCGGCAAUUGCGCCACUGCUAGUCAUCAUGCUUGCCUUCAAGUGGUAUUGCAUGAAGACUUUUGAUCUGGACCUGAAGUACUACUCUCGGGGUGGUAUGCACGAUCAAGAACGUCUUGCGACGGACGGCAAGCCAAGGGAACCUGAGAAGGUCUCAUCCAAGUUCGGCCAUCCCGCAUUGUACCAGCCCCUUAUGACGCCGAUGGUCCAUGCAAAGGCCAAGCACGUCCUUGCAGAGAUCUAUCGUGGUCGACUACAGUCUGACGGUGGACAAUCCAUGGCGUUCUCGGACAUAGCCAUGCAGCCUAUGACCCAAACGAGCAAGCUGCCCCAGGACGUUCCUUUUGAAUUUGUUCCUGAGGCUCAACAAGAUUUCCAGUUCUAUAAAAACCGUGAGGACUUCCGCGAAGGAGCGGGUGAUGAUAUGCUUUCGUCCUCACGAAGCCAGACGCCAGCCUCGUCAUUUGUUGGUCAGAAGGAGUCUUCGCCAUCAAGUUCCCGGGGCACGAGCCCCGCGCCUCAGGCGAUACAGCACCAAACACAUAUCCAUCGCAAGGAUUUGGACCAAUCCAACGUUCCGAGCCAGUUCAGACACGGUGCUCCGGCUCCUUUCGACGGCCACACUAGUGGAGGCCUCGAACCACGUCAUGGCCCAUACACAGAUCCCUAUGACGAUAGGGCAAACUUGUUGGGUAGUGCGGGCGAUGUCAGAACACCAAACGGCGAGUUCAUGUCCGUAGACCGGUGGCGAACCCCAGUGGUGAGUCGGGAUGGAAGCGAAGCCGAUGGUUAUCAGGACACGACUCCCGGGGAAGAGUUGAACACGAGUUAUGAUUAUUUCCGAGGACGACGGUGA